AUGCCCCUCAUCAAAACGACGGAGAUUAACGAGGACACUCGCGUCCUCGGAUACGAUCCCUUGCUGUCCCCCCAGUUCCUUCAGACCGAAAUCCCCGCUCCCGACCAUGCCAUUGCCGCCGUCCGAUCCGGCCGCAACCAGGCCAUAGAGAUCAUCGAGCAACGGGAUGACCGUCUCCUGGUGGUCGUCGGUCCCUGCUCUAUUCACGACCCUGCCACGGCCUUGGAUUACGCAGCUCGCCUGAAGGAGCUCUCCACGAGACUGUCCUCCGACCUCUGUGUCAUCAUGCGCGCCUACCUGGAGAAGCCCCGCACCACGGUGGGAUGGAAGGGCUUGAUCAACGAUCCGGAUCUUGACGAGUCCUACAACAUCAACAAGGGACUUCGUGUCUCCCGUCAGCUGUAUGCCGAUCUCACCAGCAUGGAGAUCCCCAUUGCAAGUGAGAUGCUGGAUACCAUCUCCCCCCAGUACCUUGCCGAUCUCAUUUCGCUCGGUGCCAUCGGUGCCCGUACGACCGAGUCGCAACUCCAUCGUGAGCUGGCCUCCGGUCUGAGUUUCCCCAUCGGCUACAAGAACGGUACCGACGGAAACCUGACCGUUUCGAUCGAUGCCAUCGGCGCCGCCGCUCACCCCCACCGCUUCCUCGGUGUGACCAAGCAGGGUCUUGCCGCCAUCACCAAGACUUCGGGCAAUGAGCACGGCUUUGUGAUCCUGCGUGGAGGUAGCAAGGGUACCAACUACGACCGCGAAAGCAUUCGUGGUGCCCGGGAGGCCUUGCGCGCCAAGAAGCAGCGCGAGGUGCUCAUGGUGGACUGCUCGCACGGUAACUCGAACAAGAACCACCGUAACCAGCCCCUGGUCGCCAAGGAGGUUGGUGACCAGCUUCGUGAAGGCCAGGAUGCGCUGGUCGGCGUGAUGAUCGAAUCCAACAUCAACGAGGGUAACCAGAAGAUGCCGGCCGAGGGCAAGUCGGGCCUGCUCAAGGGCGUCAGCAUCACGGAUGCUUGCAUUGACUGGGAGACGACCGUUACCGUGCUGGAGGACCUCGCCGAUGCCGUCCGUGCUAGACGGGCCGUCAAAGCGUCCGGCAAGGCCAACGGCAACGGUGCCUCCCACUAA